AUGGAUUCAACAGGAUUGUCAAUGGAUACAACAACUAUAAUUUCAGCAGUGCUGGAAGGAAUCUUAUAUGGCUUUUUAGUCCUCAUGUUUAUUGGUACCAUAUGGGCAUCAACCUACAAACAGAAUGUCAAUCGCUCAAUUAUUUUGGUGGCAAUCCUGCUGUUCAUACUAAGCACCGCACACAUCAUCGUAGACAUCAUUCGUCUUGAAAAUGGAUUUAUCAAGUAUCGCGAUACUUUCCCUGGUGGACCAGCAGCGUUCUUCCAAGAUAUCAGCCAGCCAACGUUUUUCGCUAAGAAUAUGAUAUACGCCUUUCAAACUAUGCUUGGCGAUGGUGUGCUGAUUUAUCGCUGUUACGUGGUUUGGCAAUCCAUCGGGAUUAUCAUUAUACCAAGCCUGCUGUGGUGCACCUGCUCAGCGACUACUUUCAUUGCGAAUUACUACGCUUUGCAGGCGAAUGGUGGAAAUGUCUUCAUCGAUCAGACUAGAGCAUGGGUUGUUGCCAUGGUUGCCUUGACACUUGCAACAAAUCUGAUGUCGUCGGGAUUACUUGCAUAUCGUAUCUGGAUGAUGGAGCGCAAAGUCUCUGCAAUGCGUGCUGCGAGCGACACUUUGAUGCCUAUUGUGCGUGUGCUUGUGGACGCCGCUAUCAUGUAUUCUGGGAUGCUCCUUGUCAUGCUAAUCUGUUUCGUCUCCGACAACAAUGCCCAAUUUAUUAUACAAGACAUGAUGAUGCCUAUUAUCCCGAUCGCAUUCUACAUGGUUUUUGUUCGCAUCACAUUCAGGAACAUCACU